UCCGGAUUUGCCAGGUCACCCCCGGCGGUCUUUGCAUGAAUCCAAUCACUCUUAGCCUCGACUGAAUAGCAUACUGGGUGUAAGAAUGUCUGUCCCCGACUGUGCUCCAUCUGAUGCACCUCUCGACAUGGCUGCACUUGUCGCCGCGGAGCGGGUCUUCCUCCGACUCUGGUACAACCACCAUUACGAGCUUCAUCAAUCCUGGGCGGUCCAAAGGGAGAGCCCGUGGCUCCGUGCACUGGGUGGGCCUCAGCAAGAUCUCGCCUGUUUCCUGGAAGCCGUGAUGCAGUCUCUGACCGGAGCAAAAAUAAACGAGAUGUGCCCGGUUGAUGAGAGCGCGUACAGGAAAAUGAAAGAAGAGGAGACCCGUGGGGGCCUCGAGCUGGUCUCCUACCACUGGGGUCGUUACGCGCCCAUCCUGGCCCGACUCUACCGGGAGAGAAGGGGACGGGCGCGGAGGUUUCUGGAUCCCGAUCUCUGGCUAGCUUCCUAUGGGGAAGACUGGGUGUCGCAGGCCAUCCACACCAUGGCCCGCUUUGACAAGGCGUUCGCAGCCUUGGGUGAUUCGCAGUUUGAGCCGAUCAUCCGCGCCUGCAUUCAGAAGUAUGUGGGAACCGCCGCCGUUGCUCGCAUGGGCACUGAUAACACGCAGCAACCGCGCCAUCCGACCCCGUUCGAACAUGGCCACGACUGCCAGGUCUGUUGCCGCCCGCUGGGAGACAAGCUCGAGGCCAUCUUCUGGUGCAAGCGCCACUGCGGCUUCGCCGCCCACGUCGGCUGUAUUCGGGAGUGGUGUCGAGAACGGGGACCGGCGGACUCAGAAGCCCCGUGCCGAAACACCUGUUGACGAUACUGAAGAGGCACCGCGCGAGAUGCCUGAAGGCUUGCCGGAGCGGCCCUGGCCGCCACUCGAGUGGCAUAGUUUGUACUAGGGCUCAUGGUGGGCUACUUUGUGCCAAUCUGCAAUGUUA